ACUCGCGAGUCUGUUAGGAUGCAGAUGAGACUAUAUUUAACCAUAUUAGGGAGCCUGUUGGUUGGCUUGGAGUCUUUUCAGGUUCCCCAGCCUAUAGUGAAUGUGACCGGAAAUGAUCCAUGGAUAUGGGUAUCGCUGCCUGAGGAUGAUCGCAUUAGGUCGGUUUUCUUUUACACUCAGUAUGGAGAAGACAAGUGUCCUUCCUAUGAUUAUAAGAUCGACGCCGAUCGCGGCCAUCCCUGGGCAAUUAGAGAGUACCUAGGAAAUAAUACUCUAAGAAUAUCGGCUAUCAUUGAGACUAAUCUAAACGAAACCGUAACCGAGAGCUUCAAUAUCAGAUCAUUGGGAGAAAGCAAGACUGUGGUAAAGCCAUUGAAGAAAUACCUUCCAGUUUCACGAAAAACUUCAGAAUGUGAGGAACUGCGUAGGUCCACAAAAUACUGCUUGCUCACGAUUUCCCACCAUAAAGGGCAGCCCUUUAACUGCAGUGGUAGGUUGAUAUUCUCGGAUGCUUUCAGUGAUAAUGAAAAUCCAUUAAAGAAUUGGAAUCAUGUGGUGCAAUCACAGCUUCUGCAACCCUAUUACGAGGGUGUGGCCUUUGUGAAUCAAAAAGCUAACUCUUAUGUUGAAAAUAACAUGUUGCAUCUGAGGGUCACCCCAACCAACUAUGGGUCUAAAAAUCCAUUCUAUCUACCAAAUUGUACUUAUACUAGUAUUGAUGCAAAUCAAAGAUGCGGUGAAAUGAAGUAUAGGCUACCAGGCAGGAAGUUCAUGCCGCCCUUUAACUCGGCAAAGCUAAAAUCGAGUGACACGUUUAAAUAUUGCAGGAUAGAUAUCAAGGCAAAGAUGCCCAUUGGAGAUCUUCUAUUCCCAGGACUUUCACUGACAUCAAUCGAUCACGACGCCAUUCGUAUUGCCAUAGUCCGAGGAAAUAAUAAGCUCUCUGACUUCGCCAGCAAUGAGAUCGGAGGUACCAAACUCUUUGCUGGGGUGAUUCUAAAUGAUAAUGCCGGAGGGCGCCUCUAUGAAGUGGAGGAAUUCGCUAGUAGUGAUGACCAUUAUGGCAAAAACUUUCACACGUACACAGUUAUUUGGAAGGAGGAACGUAUAAUCUUCAAGGUAGACGGUCGGUCCUUUGCCCAAAUAAGCAAUAAAACAAUCGUCCAAGCUCUUAGUCAAACAGAGCGCCAUAUUGAGUUGUUUCUAACUGUCGGAGGAGAGUACAAUUUUCCGGACAGCCGCAUUCCAUCAGAGAAUAAAAGUUAUCGCAAUUUCGAAACCGGCUUGUCCGCGAAAAUUAAGGAGGCAGUAAAACGAGCACCCAAUUGGGAACAAAAUGUGAUGAUCAUUGAAAGUAUUAAAGUUUAUUCAACUGAUGAAUACGAAGAAUAAAUCAUUAACUUUUGUCAUUGUGAA